ACAAGAUCAGUCCAUUUAUUAAAAACACAAGAAAGAAAAUACACCAAGAAAAAUCCAAAGCUUUGACAUAAAAUAUAUAUUAUAUAUCUUGAAUUCUUCUAUGUUUUUCUAUAUAUAUAAUCUUACAUCAAAGGCUAUAGCUUUAGAACUAUGCACAAACCCUUUUAUGGUAAAAUAAUAAUAAUAAUGGCAGGCCUCCUCAACUUUAUUUCUACUCUUCUCAUUUUUGUUGUGGCUAAUUCGUUGACAAUUACAGCCGUCGGAUCAUACCACGGUGGCGAUCGAUCGCCUCAGAUGGCCAUCAAAGGCGGCUAUUGGCCAUCGCCAAACGACUUUCCACCUUCAGCCAUAAACACAUCUUUGUUCACACAUAUUUUCUAUGCAUUUCUCGCUCCAAACGACGUCACUUUCAAAUUCCAAAUAUCGAAUUCCACAGCUGUUUCUCUCUCCAAUUUCACCUCAACACUCCGAUAUGCUAAUCCUCCGGCGAAGUCUCUGUUCUCCGUCGGCGGAGCCGGAGCUAGUACGGACUUUGCCCUAAUGGCUUCUCAAGCUUCUUCACGUAAAGUUUUCAUACAAUCUUCUAUUGAAGUUGCACGUAAGUUUGGGUUUGAUGGAGUGGACCUGGAUUGGGAGUCCCCAGAAAGCCCAAAAGAAAUGAUGGACUUUGGCCUUUUACUUAAAGAAUGGAGAUGGGCCGUAACUAAAGAGGCCCAACUCACAUCUAGGCCUCCUUUGCUUCUCACGGCGGCGGUGUACUUUUCAGCUCAGUUUUUCUUGUCUGAAGUCAACCAUUCUUUCCCGGUGCCGGCGAUGAGAGAAAGUUUGGACUGGAUCAAUGUCAUGUGUUAUGAUUACCAUGGUGCUUGGAGUAAUAUAACUGGGCCUAAUUCCGCUUUGUUUGAUCCAACUAGUGAUAUAAAUACAAUUUAUGGGCUUAAUUCGUGGAUUCGGGCCGGUAUGCCGACUGAAAAGAUGGUUAUGGGCUUACCACUUUAUGGGCGGACCUGGAAACUUGAAGGCCCAAAUUUGAGCAAAAUGGGCACAAUUGCUGUCGGCCCAGGCCCAGUAGAUGGUGCGUUGAAUUUUAAAUUGGUGACUGAGAUGAUCGAACAGGAAGGUGCCACUGUGGUGUAUGACGUGGACACUGUCACGGUGUACAGUGUUGUGAACUCAACGUGGAUUACGUUUGAUGAUGCUCUUACGAUAACAACCAAGAUUGGGUUUGCUCAGGCCCUUGGGCUUCGUGGAUACUUCUUUUGGGCCUUGAGUUUCGAUAAAGAUGACCAAAUCUCAACACAAGCCUCAAGGUCAUGGGUCCUUUGACAAGUGAAAAUAAGGACAACUACUGUUGUAUUUGGUCAGCAGCCGAUGUACGGAUGUUGUAGUACUUGUCUUUAGGAGGAAAAGGACUCUUACUUACAAUCUUCAAUUACAACUUUUUAAUCAA